CAUGGACAGGAAGGUAGAAGCCGUUCUCCGUGCGUGCGUUGGCGUCGGGCUCCUGUUGGGCGUGGCUGUUGCAGAGCCCCUCCCCAGAUACACCCCAGCCGGCAUUCCUGGCGUCGAUCCGACGCAAGGGGGAGUGUGGCCCAAGCCGCAGUACGAACAGCGGUUCGGGGGGUCGGUGCUCAUAGUGCCGGACAACUUCACGUUUGAGACACUAGGGCCAGAGUGUGCCAUACUGUCAGAAGCCCUGUCACGCUAUGAAGCAAUCAUCAGGGAAGAUGCAUCAACCGAGGGCCCACGUGAUGCUAGUGAGGCCUCCAUUCAGAUGACUGUGAUGCAGGUCCACCUCGAUGGCGAGUGUGGCGAUCGACCGUUCUUUGGAAUGAAUGAGUCCUAUGAACUGAGAAUUAACAGUCCAGACCUCCCAGAUGCAAUAGUUUUAAGUUCUGCUUCAGUGUGGGGUAUCCUGCGAGGUCUUGAAACAUUUUCUCAAGUUGCUACAAGGGUGAAGACUGCAGAUGCCCUGGUAGCAGAUAAUCUACUGAUAGUUGAUGCACCUCGUUUUAGCCACAGAGGUCUGCUUCUCGACACAGCCCGCCAUUUCAUUCCAAUGAGCUACAUAAAGAAGACUUUGGAUGCAAUGGCCUACAAUAAGAUGAAUGUCUUUCAUUGGCAUAUUGUCGAUGAUUCAAGUUUUCCAUACCAGAGUGCUGCUUUUCCUCUUCUAAGUGAAAAGGGUUCUUAUGACAAAAGGAAAUAUGUAUAUAGUCCUGGUGACGUUGCUGAAGUAAUUGAGUAUGCUCAUCAAAGAGGAAUAAGAGUUGUUCCAGAAUUUGAUUCUCCUGGGCACACAACAUCCUGGGGAAAAAGUUAUCCUGACCUGCUGACAACAUGUUACAAUAAUGAAACUGGGUCUCCAGAUGGAACAUAUGGACCAAUUGACCCCACAAAGAACUUCACAUAUGAAUUUCUUCAGACAUUGUUUCAAGAAAUUGUGGAUGUAUUCCCUGACGAGUAUUUCCAUAUUGGUGGUGAUGAAGUAGGAUUUGACUGUUGGGAAAGCAACCAAGAUGUUUUAGACUUUAUGGAUCAGCAUAAUAUUACAGAAAGCAAAUAUCUUGAAAGUUAUUAUAUACAAAGGAUUCUUGGCAUUGCAUCAGAUCUCAAUGCCAAGUCCAUAGUGUGGCAGGAGGUCUUCGACAAUGGAGUUGAACUUAGUGCUGACACUGUUGUCCAAAUUUGGAAAUUUGGCCGAAGAAAAGAACUGAAUGCUGUAACUGCUGCUGGUCACUACACAUUGCUGUCACAGUGCUACUAUCUGGACCGCUUCAGAUAUUUUGGAGGAGACUGGCAUAAAUUUUACAACUGUGAGCCACUGGAUUUCUCAGCAGACAAUGUAUCCCAGUAUGAUUUGGUGAUUGGUGGGGAGGCUGCAAUGUGGUCAGAAUUUGUAGAUGAAAGCAAUGUGGAAUCAAGAGUAUGGCCUCGUGCUUCAGCAGUGGCUGAAAGGUUGUGGUCACCAAUGAAUGUUACAGAUAUAGAUGAAGCAGCUACACGAAUUGAAGAACACUACUGUCGACUGCGAAGACGUGGUAUAAAUGCACAACCCCCAAAUGGACCAGGUUAUUGUGUUUAACUGGCUAAUAUCUGUUGUUACAAAAUGCUGUCUGUAGUUUCUACAAACAUUACAACAGUGUGUAAUAGACAACAAGGUGGACUGUCAGUGUGAAGACAAAAAAACAAAGUGAUGAGAAAUAAUUUUUAUAAAGAAAUUCCCAGAGCGGCAAUUCUUCCAGAAAACCUGGAAUUCUCAGGGAAUUUCAGGAAUUUAGUAAAAUCUCAAGGAAUUCUGCAUUUUUAACAUAGCAUUGAAACUGAAUUUUAUUGAGUUUUACAAAUCACAAAUUUUAAAAUACUUAAUGUCUUAAAGUGUGUUAAUUAUAUCAAUAUUGUUUCAUAUAAAUUAUUGAUGUUUACAAACUUUAGUUAAGCUAGUGAUUAUGGCUGGUAUAUUGCACAGUUGAGAGGAAAGAAGUCAUUAUUGUGAUAUGCUGAUCCUCCCACCACCACCACAAUGCAACCCGUGCUCACUGUUAAGCUUCUUGACUCUAGACACCAUUUUCCUUGUCACAUCUGGAAUUCUCGGGGAAUUUUUUUUCCAAGUUGGAGUAGCCACCCUGUUUCCUCCCCCAAAGUAGUAUUUAAGUACUGAAAUAAUGCUAUGUGCAUUUCUGUGAAUGUUUCUUAGUUCUUAAUUUUCUUAAUGCUGUGCAGUGUCAAAUUUGUAUCACAUUGAGUAUUAUCAGAGACAAGUAUUUGAGCUUGAACUGCCUCGAGAUAUAACAAACUAGU